AUGUCUCAAGAGCAGGCCAAGGAGGAGACGGCGAGUGAGUUCGGCUUGAGAAUGGUGAAGACCGUCUCUUCAGGGUUCGUCACCCUGGCGAUGUCCAUAGGCGCCCGCACCGGGCUCUUCACCCGCCUGGCAGGUAUGGACGGCCCGAAGACGUCCGCACAGAUCGCGGAGAUGGCGAACAUGAAGGAGAGGUACGUUCGCGAGUGGCUGGCUGUGAUGGUGACCGGUCAGAUUGUCGACUACGAAGAAAAGAAGACCUACUUCUUACCGAAGCACAGGGCGGGUGCCUUGUUGCCUGGGGGAGGUAUCAGGAACCUUUCUCUCUUCAUGAGCCAGUUGGCUCUGGUCGCAGGUGACGUGGCGGAUUGCUUCCCAGCAGAGGGACCCAAAGGUCUACCGUAUUCGGCCUAUCCAGAGGUACAUGCAUUUUGGGGAGACGUAAGGGAGAUGCAGCAUAAGACAAACCUGGUGGACAAGUUUCUGCCUACAAUUCCAGGACUGCGCGAAGACUUGGAAUCGGGAAUCCGAGUUCUGGACGUGGCGUGCGGCAGGGGCAUCACCACUCUCAUCCUGGCCCAACACUUCCCAAACAGCACGUUCAUCGGUACCGACCUCUGUGAGGACGCCAUCCAGUGGCCGAGCGAGGAAGUCGAGAAGCGCGGAUUGGCCAACGUCACGUUCCAGGUGCAGGACCUGGCCAAGAUGCCCGCUGAUUGGUCAGAUUCCUUCGACUAUGUGCAAGUCUGGGACGGCGUGCACGACCAGGCCGACCCCGAGCGCGCGCUGCGGGAAAUCUUCCGCAUGGUGAAGUCCGGAGGGCGCUUCUCCAUGGUCGACAUCAGGGGGCACACUGAACUUGCCGACAACUUGAGUCGCUCGGUGAGUCCCUGUCGCUACGGCAUGAGCCUGCUCCACUGCAUGCCAGUGUCGCUGUACUUUGGCGGGAAAGGUCUGGGCGCCAUGUGGGGACAGGAGCUGGCGUCGCAGAUGUUGGACGAAGCAGGGUUUGUCGAUAUACAGCUGCUGGAUGUUCCGUACAGUCACGGCGAAAUUCACUUCUUGUGCAAGAAGCCGUGA